GCCUGGCUUCCGUUCCCGUUGUGUGAGGGGCUGAAUCCCAAACGGCCUCCGCGCUGCCGCCGCCGCCGGGCUCUGGAGCGGGGCCGGGGGGUUCGGCCUUGGGCUGCAGCCUCCCCGCCGCUUCUCCCUCCUCGUUUCUUCCCUCCAUCUCUCCCCCUUCUCGCUCCGCUCUCCUUUUCCCUUCAGUCGGGCCCAUCUCUCCCUUCCGCGCCCCUUCCCUUUCCCCCCCCCUGGGCCGAGCCCGUUGCCCCCCUCAGCCCCGCCGCUCCCCGGGGCCUUCUGGGCCUUCGCCAUGUCGCUGCAUGGGAAGCGGAAGGAAAUCUAUAAAUAUGAAGCUCCUUGGACGGUUUACGCCAUGAAUUGGAGCGUCCGGCCGGAUAAGAGGUUCCGGCUGGCUUUGGGCAGCUUCGUGGAGGAGUAUAACAACAAGGUGCAACUUGUUGGGUUGGAUGAAGAGAGCUCAGAGUUCAUUUGCAGGAACACCUUUGAUCACCCCUACCCCACCACAAAGCUGAUGUGGAUCCCAGACACUAAGGGAGUCUAUCCAGACCUGUUGGCCACCAGUGGUGACUACCUGAGGGUGUGGAGAGUGGGUGAGACAGAGACCCGGCUGGAGUGCUUGCUGAACAACAACAAGAACUCUGAUUUCUGUGCUCCACUAACAUCAUUUGACUGGAAUGAAGUGGAUCCUUACCUUCUGGGUACCUCUAGUAUUGACACAACCUGCACUAUUUGGGGUCUGGAGACAGGACAGGUUUUGGGAAGAGUAAAUCUGGUCUCUGGUCAUGUGAAGACUCAGCUUAUUGCACAUGACAAAGAGGUUUAUGACAUAGCAUUCAGUCGUGCAGGUGGUGGCAGGGAUAUGUUUGCUUCAGUUGGUGCAGAUGGCUCUGUGAGGAUGUUUGAUCUCCGCCACUUGGAGCACAGCACCAUCAUCUAUGAGGACCCCCAGCACCACCCCUUGCUACGUCUCUGCUGGAAUAAACAGGAUCCUAAUUACCUUGCUACGAUGGCCAUGGAUGGCAUGGAGGUGGUUAUUCUGGAUGUCAGAGUUCCCUGCACUCCUGUUGCCAGGUUAAACAACCACAGAGCAUGUGUGAAUGGAAUUGCUUGGGCACCUCACUCUUCCUGCCACAUUUGUACAGCAGCUGAUGACCAUCAGGCUCUCAUCUGGGAUAUCCAGCAAAUGCCUCGUGCCAUUGAGGACCCAAUCUUGGCUUAUACAGCAGAGGGAGAAAUCAACAAUGUACAGUGGGCAUCCACUCAGCCAGACUGGAUAGCAAUCUGCUACAACAACUGCCUGGAGAUUUUGAGAGUGUAACAUGACUGCUUCGUGCCACACUGAGGCAGGGCUGUGUGAUUUCCCCUCCCCUCUAAAGUAAGAACAACACAAGUGGCCAGUAUCUCUUGUUGCUUUGCAUCUGCUCUUACAAGAAACUGGUAGAAGAAUCAAUGGCAGGUGUCUCCUGUCUCUCCAAGACUCUUUAAAUGCAGAGACAUGCUGAGCCUCUUGGACCUUCUGGGUUCUGUUUUUCUUUUUUGUUUGUUUUUAUGGUUUUUUUUUCUCAGUUAAAGUUCUGUAUAUUUGUUUGUUGACUGUAAUAAUAAGCUUGCAGGCUUUUAAGUUGCUGAAUAUGUCCCUGUGUUUGUCAACCAGCUGAGGCAGCACCUCCAACUGGUUUAAUAGGUGCAGAUCUAAAACAAGGUGGGGGGGAAAAGACAUUGAUGUCCACAGCCACCUUGGCAGGAAUAUUUUACCAUUCCUCUUGUUGCUGCCUCCAAACUGUUGAAACAUUUGUAUGGUUUUUAUAUAUUGGGCUAACUUUCUAUUGAAGUAAGGUGGUUUUUUUUCCUCCCUAAUUCUUACUUUUGAUAUGUGAUCCACUUCCAUAUGCCCCAAGAUUCUCUCUUAGUUGAUCACAGGAGCACUGCAGGCUCCCUGACAGUCAAGGCCUGCCAGAAUUAACUGUUGCCUUGGCUCUCAACACCUGGUUACCUGGGCAGAAUUUUCUGGUGCUGUGAAGUACAAAUACUUGUUGCACAAUUUUCUUGACACUUUUCUGCUGCUAGAGGCACUUGUUACUCUGGUGGGCCUUAUUUUUCAAUGCUAACUGAAUUUGCCUGUCUCCUGCAGUUGUGUUAGAGCAGAAUGGUUUCAGAAAGGAGAUAGAUGGCUGACUGAAGCUCCCAGGAGAGAAAUGCCUCCUGACAAAAUGUGAUUUGCAAUGGGCUGGGGAUUGAUACUUCCAAUCAAAUGAUUUCCCCCAGGAAGACUUCCUGUCUAAAGCAAAAUAAAAUGGUUUCACACUUUGUAACUUGCUUGAUUGGCAAAUAAUACAAGCAAGAUUUUGUGGUUAGCCUGGACCUUGGAGCUUCUUUGCAUUUGGCCUGUGUUCCUGGGAGUUCUUGAAAAGCAAUCUUUUUUCUUUUUUUUCUGAAGUCUCUUUGCUUUUUUACUGUCAGGGCUUGUUGGAAAAGCUGCUCCACUCCCCAAGUGCAAGCUCUUUGCUCAGAAAGAAAUAGUUCCCUAAUGUAAUGCAGAAGGAUGGGCUUAAAAGGAACUAAACUGUGCCACAGAGGCUGAGGUUUAGCACUUGUCAUCCUCUGUAUCUUUUGGGGAUGUGCCCAAGGGCUUCUCUUUUGAAUAGUGGCUUGCUCUCCAGUAAUGCUUUUCAAUCAGAGCUGAGUGGAUUAGGCAAGAUCAAAAUCUUAGGUGAUAAAACAGCUCCUGGGCUCUCCUGAUGCUGCAGACUUGACAGGCAGAGCUGAGCUGUAGUGGCUGAGUGGGGAUGGAAAUGUCAGAAACUAUCCAAGUUGUCUUUUUUAUCUAAUGAGUAAUCACCUGCAGCUGGGGGCAGGAUUUGAAGUAGGACACUGGCAAACUCAAAUCUUGUCAUUUUCUGCAGGGAAAAGCAAUUGCUGUGAAACACUGAGGCUGAUGCUCCAAGUGCUGUCAAGUCCUGAGCAGAAUUUUGGAAGAGUUUUGUCAUUCUGGAUGUACAAAACUAUUCUUUCAGGCUGCUUGGAAAAGCAGCACCUUGAGAAUUUUAUCUGAGUUCAUUAGGGAGAGGUUUAUUCCAUCCCUCCUUUUACUACUGAGGAGGACAGGUCAUGUUUUGCCAAUCACAUUCUGUGUUCAGCUGUGGGAUUUCUUAUUUUAUUUUUUUUUACAGAAAGCUCCAUUUAAUUUGAAGGUCAUUUUUUUUUUUUCUUAUUAGCAGCAGUGCUGAGAGGAGUGAAUUCCAUCUGACCUGGAUGUCACAACAGUCUUAACCAAUUAGCUUAGCUCUUUUUCCAACAGCACUUCCACUGCAAAAUGAAGUUCAAAUUAGGAUUUUCUUAAAUCCUAAUGGCAUCCACUGCUUCAGGUACUCAUCAAAACCUGUACACAGGCUGGGCAGGUACUAUUUAAUUACAAAUAUUAGGUGUAAGAUGCUGUGUGACUAAAGGGGAACUACUAUCAGUACUUCCUGUCAUCCCCUUUAUGCUUGAAAGCCUCAAUCUUGUGAGGAAGAGAUGAAUGCAGUUGUUGCUUGGCUUAAAAAUGCCUCUUUUGCAACUGUGGAACUGGGGUUUAAAAAAAUAUCACCUCAUUUAAUUGAAAAUGAAGAGACUAAAAGACUCCAGGCUGUACAAAAUGGCAAAUGCAGUUUAUUCGUGCAGGAAUCCAAUCUGUUACUCUUAAGAUGAUGAGAAGAGAGGAUGUAAUAAGGAGUUAAUACUCUGAAUAACCAGGUAGCUUUUGCUACUGCUGGAAAAUAAUCCUGUUAUGAACCUGAAGAGGCUCUAGUGCCAGUCCUUGCAUCCAUAAAACUGCUUGGAGUUUAUCUGGGUGCUUAUUCCAAACUCCAAGGCAAGUGAGGAGGAAUCUUGGAGGCUCCAGUGGACUCUAAAUAAAACCUAUAUCUGUUUUAUUUAGGUACUGUUUUUUAGCCAGUACCUUCUGGAUCUCCAGCAUCUUGCUUUGGGGCAUAAUCCAUUGUCAUUUUUCAUCUGAAAUGACAUUUGAAAUUUACAUUUGAAAAUGAGAAUUUUCAUAUGAAAUAGCUUGGAAAAAAUUGAAGCUGUUUUGGGAAAGGGAAAUGCUACUUUAAAGUAGCUUCUUCUCAGGAAAGUCACUGGAAAGGUUAAUGACUGAAAAGACAGAAGAAUCCUCCUGGGUGAGAUGUUCUGCAGUGCAAAUGACACUUCCACAUCAAGAAGAAAAGGAGAGACUUUGGUGCCCUUUUGCCAACACCUGCUGACACAGGGAGCUCUCUACCUGCUGCUUCAGUUUCUUUGCAAGAUAAAUAAAACCCUGAGACUCCUCACUGCAGCCUCUGAACCAGAAGAGAAGAGUUUCUCCUAUUUCACCAGCUUUCCAUCCAAUUUAUUGAGGGUGAAGCCUCUUGGUUUUCCCCCAAAUUAAUGAAAAUUCUUUAUUAUUUUGUGCUUCCUGCAGAAACAGAGCAACUGCUUUCAAAUGCCUCCUAUUCCUUGAGCUGAAAGUAACUUUAGGGAAAAACCUGAGCACCAAAUCCCAUGCUGGUGUUUGUUUGUACAGGCCAAAACUGAUUCUGGGACCAAAAUCUUUUUUUCUUGACUACUUCAUAGUUCUAUGGGACUUCUCCAGGUGAUGAAUUCAAGAUGCUGGGGGGCUAUUGGUUGAUUGUGACUUUGUGUUUAAACCCAGCUUUCCAUGGAUUCCUGCUGGAUGUGGAUAACCUGGUGCAAGGAGUCAACCUUGAGCUUGUAAAACUCAUUAGUGAGGUGAAAACCUGCUGCAAAUGAGUUGGCUGUCCAAUUAGCAUGUAGGGUGCCAACUCCAAUUAUUUAAAUGAGAUGGCCUAUGGUUGCUUGCAUCUAGGGGACUUGUAUUUCAGUGUCCAGGGAUUUAAAAAGCCAGGAUAAGAGUGCUUUGACAAUCUGUGUAGAAAGAAAAACCAGUGGUUUCAAGUAAUGAGCUGAAAGGAGACUGAUAAUACAGGUUGUUCCUGCUGGAACCUUGAAAUGUACUUAACGGGGGAGGCAUUGCCUCUCAUAAGUCAAAGUUAAUGAUCCUUUCAAACCUUCACUGUAAUUAGUCUUCUGAAUGUUCUGGAUAAUAGUAAAAAGAUCUAUUUUUUGCCUGGUGUUGCAAUGAGAGAGCUUCAUCAGUCCCAACUGUGGAUCACUGCCUGCCAGGGACUAGGUGAGGGGAGGAGUCCAAUAAAUAGGAAUUCACAGAUGCUCUUGUGCUUGUUUUCAGUCUAAAUGGAGCAAGCUGAGUGUGUCUGUUUUCUUCUCUUGCAGAUGGCACUUUAACAAGUAUAUUUUUGGUAAGAUUGGAGGGAGAGGCAGCUUUUCCUCAGCCCUUUUGUGGUAGGCAUUUAUCUGUGUUUUGGAGAAAAUGUUAAAUACAAGAGUCACUGAAACUCUCAACUGGCUGCAGUUGUCAGGACCUAGUGCACCCUCAUCUGUGCUGAACACCAGGAGCACUUGACAACACAGUUCCUGUCACACUGAAGCUCUGAGACUGACACAUCCCAAGUCAUGGAGUGCUGCUUGUCACCCAGAGAGUCCCUUUUCCUUUGUUUAUAUCCUUUUUGUUGUCUGUAAGUGAUGGCAGCAGUGACAGGUUGGCUGUGUCAAAAUGUAGCUGGAUUCUUUUGAUACCUUCUUUUUCUGAGAGAAAAAACCCUGCAGCUGCUGUCUGUAAAUCCCCACGAUGGAAAUGUCAGAGUUUGUCAGUUUGUUGGGUUUCAACUCUUUCAGGACAUACUGAAAAGAAUGAAGGGCAGCAAGGGCAAGCUCUUGGCUCAAGGGAUUUCUUUGCACAAUUCCAUCCAAGUGCUGAAGGGUUUUGUCUUCCCACUCCAGCCUAGAAAAGUGGUUUAACCCUCAGCUCCAAAGUGUUCCCUGUCAGUAAACACAACUUCUCUCUGGGAUCUCCCAACUUCUCUCUGGGAUCUCCCAACUUCUCUCUCUGGGAUCUCCCAACUUCUCUCUGGGAUCUCCCAACUUCUCUCUGGGAUCUCCCAGCUUCUCUCUUGGAUCUCACAACUCUCUGGGAUCUCCCAACUUCUCUCUGGGAUCUCCCAGCUUCUCUCUUGGAUCUCACAACUCUCUUGGAUCUCACAACUCUCUGGGAUCUCCCAACUUCUCUCUCUGGGAUCUCCCAACUUCUCUCUCUGGGAUCUCCCAACUUCUCUCUCUGGGGUCUCCCAACUUCUCUCUCUGGGGUCUCCCAACUUCUCUCUGGAGUCUCCCAACUUCUCUCCGGGAUCCCCCAACUUCUCUCCUGGAUCUCCCAACUUCUCUCUCUGGAGUCUCCCAACUUCUCUCUGGGAUCUCCCAACUUCUCUCUCUGGGAUCUCCCAACUUCUCUCUCUGGGAUCUCCCAACUUCUCUCUCUGGGAUCUCCCAACUUCUCUCUCUGGGAUCUCCCAACUUCUCUCUCUGGGGUCUCCCAACUUCUCUCUCUGGGGUCUCCCAACUUCUCUCUCUGGGGUCUCCCAACUUCUCUCUCUGGGGUCUCCCAACUUCUCUUUGGGCUCUCCCAACUUCUCUCUCUUGGAUCUCCCAGCUUCUCUCUGGCAUCUCCCAGCUUCUCUCUGGCAUCUCCCAGCUUCUCUCUGGGAUCUCCCAACUUGUCUCUUGGAUUUAUUUCCUCCUUUCUCCUGGCAGCCUGAGAUUCCAAAGCAAGCCUCUAUUUACAGUGGACAUCAAAAGGGGAUAUCCAAGAUCAGUCCUGGAAUGAGCAAGGUACUGUCCAUGAUGUCCCUGGGCUGGGAAUUAAUUGUCUGGCACUUCAAGAGCAUUUUCUGACCCUAAUUUAAGGGGUGCAGCUCUCUUUCCCCUCUGCUUCCCCAAGAAGAGUCAGAAACAUCUCAUUUUCAAGAGUGUUGAGAAGAGUUGAGCAUGUCCCUGACUCCUUUUGGUUAGGAAGAAAUUUCCAGACCUUCUAAUUAGCACCUUUCACCAGCACUAAAAAUGCAGCUAAAUCCCAGGCACUGGAUGCUCACCCAGCAACUUGUGGCAGAGUCCAGAGGCAAAAGCAGUUGUGGGGCUUGUUUGCUGCUGCCUCAUUUCAGAUGACAACUUUGCCAAGUAUCUCAGUGGCCAAACAUCAAGUUUGAAUUUCCAUAACCAUAAAAAAUUAAAAAAAAAAAAACCCUGUGGCUUCCAUAAAGUUUAUUUCUUUGCAUAAAAUCUAACAAAAUGAAGAAAUAAGCUUUUUUUUUUUCCUGAAAAAGUCCUGUUGCCCAUGUUCCAGCUCUCAUCCCUUGGAGUUUACUUCUUUUUGGAAGAUGUGUGGCUCUCAGGUCUCCUGUUCCAAGGUGAGAAUCAGUCUGUCAACCCUGACCAAAGGCAGAAGUGCAAGAACCAGUCAGUGAAAGAGUCGUGGUACAGCUGAGAAAUAAUACAUUGCUUUUCUUGACAAGCUGGGAAAUAUGAUGACAUUUUACUAUUUAAAAGACAGGUUUUUUUCUGAAAAAAAAACAAAACCAACCUUGGGUUGCUAGCAGUGUAAAAUGUAAUUUAAAUCUGUUGCAUUUUUGUUAACCUGUAGCCAAGUAGAUGUUUACUUUUUUCUGUGUGUUUUUCCCUUCUCCUCUUCCCAUUCACAAUCCCCUUGUGGUAAUUUCCUGAAGGUGUAAUCUUUGUAGCAUGAUUGUACAAAACAUCCAUGUGAGAUUCCUGACUUCUUGUUCUCACUAAAAUAUGUUCAAGCAAUAGUAGUUUUAUUCCUGUCCUUCUUUUCUUCCCCCUCUCUAUUGAGAUUUUUCCACCUCUCCUCCUGUCCUAGAGGAAUCCUGGUAUCCUGCCAUCCAACAGGUAUGGAUAACUGCAGUGUCCUUAUAUUCCUUUCUUUUUAUGGAGAAAACACAAAAAGCUUUUGUUACAAUGGAUUUUAACACCUGAGUCAUGGAACCAUCUUUGGUGAAACUGUCAAUUUUAAGGCAAUUUUCUGAAAUGGCUUGAAAAGUGGAAUGUUGCAUCCUUUUAUGCUAUUUUCUUGCUUCCUAUGUAGUUUUCUGCAGAUUUUUUAACCUUCUUUCUAAGUUCCAGCCUCCUGUGUAUUAGGUACAGUAUUUUCUGCCUUUCAUACUUUGUAAUAAAAAUGGAACAUUUGUAGAUUGA